UGUGCAUGUUCCGUGUCGGCCAUAUUGCAGUGAGACAGCGGUAUUCCUUUCAGUUCGGAUGCUUUUUUUGUAACGUUAGUUAGCUGUGUUUACGAGUUGCUAUAAUGCUUUCAUCAGAUUCGUACAGUGAGAAUGGGAAAAUGAGAGAUUAUCACUAUACUGGCCCAGUAGAGCACAGAUUCUCUCCCUAUUCAUUCAACGGAGGGACUGUGUUGGCUGUUGCCGGUGAGGACUUUGCCAUUGUGGCCUCUGACACACGUCUCAGUGAAGGCUACUCUAUCCACAGUCGGGACUCUCCAAAGUGCUACAAGCUGACUGACACAACAGUAAUUGGCAGCAGUGGAUUUCAUGGCGAUUGCCUUACUCUGACCAAAAUUAUUGAUGCUAGGCUCAAGAUGUACAAGCACUCAAAUAACAAGAGCAUGACAAGCGGAGCCAUCGCUGCCAUGCUAUCAACAAUUCUGUAUGGGCGGAGAUUUUUCCCUUACUAUGUGUACAACAUCAUCGGUGGUCUGGAUGAAGAGGGGAAAGGAGCUGUUUACAGUUUUGACCCAGUGGGAUCAUACCAGCGAGACACUUACAAAGCAGGAGGCUCAGCCAGCUCCAUGCUGCAACCCCUGCUAGACAACCAGAUUGGCUUCAAGAACAUGGAGAAUGUGCAGCACGUUCCCCUAACCCAGGAGAAGGCUGUGCAGUUGGUGAAGGACGUCUUCAUCUCGGCAGCAGAGAGAGACGUGUACACCGGUGAUGCCCUGAAGAUCUGCAUCAUCACCAAGGAGGGCAUCAGAGAGGAGACAGUCCCUCUCAGAAAAGACUGAUCCAUUCUGCUUUUUUCCCCGCCAAACUCUUCCUUGUUAUUUUUGUCCUGGCUGUUUAUUUCCAUUGAAUUGGUUAUUUGGUCACACUGUUAUUUUUACAUUCUUUCUGAAAAAUAAAAAUUAAACAUCAGAAUGUUA